AAGAAAAACUGUAAUCAAAUCAUAUAAGAAUUACUUAAAUAGUUUAUGUAAUUAUUAGUUGAUCUUUCAUGAUACUCAGAGGACAGUGGGGUAUAUCAACUUCACGAUGGAAGAACAGUUAGAAAAUUUAGAAACAAGACAUAGAAAGGAGAAGAAAGAAUUGCAAGCUCAUAUUCAAGCCUUAAAAAAGGCCGCUAAGAACGAUAAAAGCAAGAAGAAAGAACUUACUGCUGAAAUUGCAAGAUUAGAAUCUGAAAUAGAUAUUCGGCACAAGAAGGAAUUAGAUGAGUUUCAGGAGACACAGCCUGAAGCAGUUGGCGAGGCGGAGCCGGAGCCGGAACCAGAAACUAAAAUAAAAGUAUCUAAAGCGCAAAAAAGACGUGAGAAGAAAUCGCAACAAGAGAAAGAACGAGCUGAACAAAUUAAAUUACAAGAGAAAGAAAACAUAAAUGGCCCUAGGAAUAUGGAAAUUCAAGCUAUAAAUGCCAAACUAAAGGAACUAAAGUUCAAGCUGUAUCCCAUACCAUCUGAUGGGGAUUGCUUGUACAAAGCAGUUUCUCAUCAAUUAGAAACAGUAAGAAACACUACUCUAUCUGUAGAUGCUCUUCGUAAGAAUGUGGCAACAUACAUAAGACAAAACAAGGAAGAUUUUUUACCCUUCAUGUGUAAUCCAGAAACAUUUGAAAUGCUAAAUGAUGAAGAAUUUGAUGAAUAUUGUGACAAGAUAUCCAAUACAAAAGUGUGGGGAGGGCAGUUAGAAAUCAGAGCUCUAUCCAAUUCCUUGAAAUGCCCAAUUAAAGUAAUUCAGGCCACAGGUCCAGAAUCUAUUGACCAGGGUAUGGAGUUUGAAGGCACUCCUAUUGUUCUAACAUAUCACAGACAUAUGUAUAGUUUGGGAGAGCAUUAUAAUUCAACUGAGCCAGUUGUGGAUGAAGACAGCUAAACUUAGAAGCUUUGCCCAAUUAAAUUUCAUACAGCAUCAACCUAAACAGAACAAGACUACUACUAUGUCUAGUAGUAAAGUCUGGACUACAGUGGUUCAAGCAUUUAAUGUUCUAUACUAUUCUUAUGCUAAUAAAACUUCAAAUAAAUUA